AUGUCUGAUGCUGCAGCAAAUGGUGCCUCCGACGAGCUGAAAAAAGCCCUUUCCCUCGAAACCCUUUUUGGUCUCAAAGGUCUUGUCGCUGUCGUCACAGGUGGCGGAACCGGAAUCGGUUUGAUGUGCACCCAAGCCUUGGCAGCUCAUGGUGCUCGAGUCUACAUCACAGGCAGGAGAGAGGAAGUAUUGAAGCAAGCGGUUGAUAAUUACCACCAACACGCCCAAGGCGAAAUAAUCGGACUUCAGGCAGACGUUACCGAUAAAUCUGAUUUAGAGAAAAUCAUAAAGGAUAUCUCGGAGAAGGAGCCUAACGGCAUACAAAUUUUGGUAAACAACGCCGGAAUCUCUGGUCCAAAGACCGAGGCUUUUAGUAACGGACAUUCGAUUGAAGAGGCUUCUCAAAAGUUCCUCAAGAAUGAAAGUUUUGACCAAUGGGAUUCAGUCUGGAGGACCAACGUUUCCGGCGUGUUUUUCACCACCGUCGCCUUCUUGCCGUUGCUGGAAAAGGGGGGUAAUAAUAACAUGAAGUACCGAAGUGGAGUAGUUAACAUCACCUCAAUUAGCGGAAUGGUCAAAAUAUCACAAAAUCAUUUUGCUUACAAUGCUAGUAAAGCAGCUGCUAUUCAUCUCACCAAAAUGAUGGCAUGCGAGCUCGCAAAUAGUAAGAUCCGCUUCAAUUCUAUCGCGCCCGGCGUUUUCCCCUCUGAAAUGACGGCCAAACGCGAGAGCGAUGACCGAGGCAAAAGCGAUAUCUCGGAGUCUUUUGAUGCUUCGAAAUACAAAAUUCCAGCAGGGCGUCCGGGGAAGCUAGAGGAGAUGGCGGCAUCCAUUAUCUACCUUUGCGGUAAAGGUGGUCAAUACUGCGACGGUUUAGUAAUGAACGUAGAUGGCGGGAUUUUGCUCACAAACCCGUCGGCCUGUUGA